GUUCUCAUACUUCAGUUAUUCAGCCAGAUUGGACCAUGCAAAAGCUGUAAAAUGAUAACAGAGCAUACAAGCAAUGACCCUUAUUGCUUUGUGGAAUUUUAUGAACACAGAGAUGCAGCUGCUGCAUUAGCUGCUAUGAAUGGGAGAAAAAUUUUGGGAAAGGAGGUCAAAGUAAACUGGGCAACAACACCAAGUAGCCAGAAAAAAGAUACAUCCAAUCACUUCCAUGUGUUCGUUGGGGAUUUAAGUCCAGAAAUAACAACAGAAGACAUCAAGUCAGCAUUUGCUCCUUUUGGUAAAAUAUCAAUUGCUCAUAAGAAUGGACAGGAUCUUGAAGGCUAACUGCAAGGAACUGUGCACACUGGAACUCAGUUGUAGAUUUUUUCUCAUUUCUAUUUAUUCUUAUUAUACAUUAUUUAUAUAUACAUAUUUUAGUAUUUACAUUUUAACAUUCUAUAUUCAGUGCAGUUCUAUAUUUCCAAUCAUUUUAACUUACUCACUAAAAUUUCUGUGUAAAUUUGUUGUUUUCGUACUGGUGUGCUUAGCAUUGUUGUUAGUUUUAUUCUCCUUUCUUAAAUUUCUGAAAAUGUCAAUUUUUCAAAAUUUACAGCUACCCAAACUCCAAAAUGAUGGUAGAGAAUUGACCAAGAAAAAUAAAGAAAUCUGUUAACAGGCCAUGGAUGCACGGGUAGUUAAAGAUAUGGCAACUGGAAAGUCAAAAGGCUAUGGUUUUGUAUCUUUUUAUAACAAACUGGAUGCAGAAAAUGCUAUUGUACACAUGGGAGGCCAGUGGUUGGGAGGCCGCCAGAUCAGAACUAACUGGGCAACAAGGAAACCACCAGCCCCCAAAAGUACACAAGAAAAUAAUACAAAACAGUUGAGAUUUGAAGACGUAGUAAAUCAGUCAAGUCCAAAAAACUGUACUGUGUACUGUGGAGGAAUUGCCUCGGGGCUAACAGAUCAACUUAUGAGACAGACUUUUUCACCGUUUGGACAGAUUAUGGAAAUAAGGGUGUUUCCAGAAAAAGGUUACUCAUUUGUCAGGUUUUCAACCCAUGAAAGUGCAGCACAUGCUAUUGUUUCAGUUAAUGGAACCACAAUUGAAGGACAUGUUGUUAAAUGUUAUUGGGGUAAAGAAUCCCCUGAUAUGACUAAAAACUUCCAACAGGUGGAUUACAGCCAGUGGGGACAAUGGAGCCAAGUAUAUGGAAAUCCACAACAGUAUGGGCAAUAUAUGGCUAAUGGGUGGCAAGUACCAUCGUAUGGAAUGUAUGGCCAAGCAUGGAAUCAACAGGGUUUUGGAGUAGACCAAUCUCCAUCUGCUGCCUGGAUGGGUGGAUUUGGUGCUCAGCCUGCCCAGGGACAAGGUGCUCCUGUAAUACCUAACCAAGCUGGAUAUGGUAUGGCAAGCUACCAAACGCAGUGAGCUGGGACUCUGUUUAAAAGUGUGUAUUUCAUGAUAGGCUGCAGUUUCCAGUGACAUUCUGAAGACUGGAAUGUAGACAAUGAAAAAAAAAAAAAAGAAAAUAUUUAUUUUAAAAAUGGAAAUGUUUGGAACCUUUAGCACAGCUUUGCUUUGGUGAAGGACACAAAUGUCUUCUAGUUCUGCCUUUUUAAGUUUUUGUUCAUGAUGGAUAUGAACAUGUUUUUCUUUGUGUACAAAAAUUAAAAAUAAAGUCAAUAAAGACAAUUCUGACUACAAAUUUUGAUAUAGUAGGAGACAUGGCUAAUGAAUUUGAUCUUUAGGUUACCAUUCCUUUUUUUUUUUUGUUUUGUUUUGUCUUCAGUGUUUUAUAUCAUUGUGCUUUUAAGAGAAAUGAAAUGAAAAACAGCGAGUUGCUUUUAGUUGAACACACAUCCUGAAAUAAACUGUGGACCAAUCACUACAACCUGCGAGACAGUAUUGAGUUUUCAAGAAACCUAUGGACAUAGCUGAAAGUAUAUGUAGGUCUUGGAAUAAUUUUUUUAAAAAAUAUUUAAUUUUUCUACAUGCUUACAGAAAACAACUGAUAUACAAUGAAUAGUUCAGUCUGAAAUGGAAAACAGUACUGUCUGAGAAAUUUCACAUAACUUUUACUGUCCACAUUCAGGCACACGUUGAAUCUUUUCAGAGCUGGUUUGCUUGUUAAAACUGUAGUAGUUUACAUUUCAUUUUGAGAAGUAAAAGCGUUUUUACAAGUAUAUUGUUUGUAUUCAAAUCAGACAGUCAUACUUGGGCUUUUACAUGAAGUUUGAAGGCUACACAUUGUAAAUAUUUCAUAAUUACAGUGUUUCAAAAGCAUGCUCAAACAUAGAAGUAGCAAUGUAAUUAUUCAAAUACUUAAUAUACCCUACUGCUUUAAAUGCAGUAGAUUGACAAGAAUGUGCAAGACUGACAUUUCCAAAGUUGGCUAUUAUGUAAAGUUACAUAAAGAACUAUAACAAAGAGCCUUAAUUUUAAUUUCAUAAAUCUUUAAUGCAUCACCUUUUUGUCAUUAGAAAUACAAAUUUUUUGCUUUACAUUAUUUGGUAUGUAAAUACCUUGGUUAACAACCUUGUAAACCUAUUUCAAGGUUAUUAUAAGUUGUAUAGUAUCUUGAGUGUUUUGAAAAAUCUUGAUGUUUUUUAAGUCUAGAAAUAUUUUGCCCAAGAAUUUUUUAACAAGAUUGUUAAAAACAUCUUAUUUUAGAGAAUAUUCAAUGUGCCAUUUGGUAAAUGGAGAUGCAGUUGAAACAGUACACUGAGUUGUGACUUAUUUUUAAUUAAAGUUUUUUGUCUUUAUGGGUGGUUUGCAUGUGAUGAACCUGUACAGAGGCUGGGUUGUUUGUGUACUGAGUGUGUAAAUGGAUAAAUCAUGAAGAUGUUUAAAUGGUAUACUUGGGUUAUUUCUGAAUUAUUUUAUGGAUACAUUGAUAUAAACUGCCUCAAUAAAUUUGAAGUUGAAAAUGAAUGUAAGUUAGAUAUAAGUAAUGUGUCCUCCCUGUGACAGCUAGAGGGUGCAAAUGCCUCAGCUGUAAUCUGGAAUGCUGAGGCAGGCACGGUUGGAAGGGAAAGAGUAGGAUUUGCAGUGGUAGUUCAGUGAAGCAGACUUGCAUUUUAAAAGAAGCAAAGUUUGGUUUUUAGAGAUGGUAGUAUUAAGUGAGUGUCUGAGAAACUGUAUAUUUUCUCUUUCCUGCUUCUGACCAUGCAGGUAUCGCGAGGUAGAAUAGUCUGUUUUGAAAUGGAGAUUUGCAGUUGUGUUAAACCCAGCCAGGUUGUGCAAAUAACUACACUUAUUGCUGUAGCAAAUCACAUGAGGGUUUUCUUUUAUCGAUGUGUGAAGUAGUACCUUGACUUUUAGAUCAGGUUGAAAGUGAGAUGUACUGGAAGAGCAGUUUAGUCAGUUGGCUCAGCUGCACCAGAGGUACUUGUGACUCUGGGCAUCUAAUGCAUGCAAUAAUGACUGAAGUUAGUGUGGAACUGGGUGCUCGUGCUGGCAGAAUUGGCCCUUUAUCUCCUUUUCUCCUGUAUGGUAUCUGUAGUGUCUUUCUGCUCAAGAUAGGACUCUUGUUUUUCUAUACAUUUUGUACAUAUGUGUAUAUCUACGCGAGGAUCGGCCUAUACAUUGUAGUUUGGAAAAACCUCACAAGUAAGUCUGUGUUUUUGUUACACUCAGCCGGUUUAAAAAGUCACGAGUCAGUAGAGAUACAAAUUGUGAGUUCCUUUAGGAUUUCUUAGACUUCACUUGAAAUCUGGGGUUUCUACAUCCUUCUAGGUGUUUGCCAUAUGGCUGUUCUGGGUGCAUGCUGGUGUGGAGGCAGUUUGUUCUUUAGGCGCUACUGAAGAUUUAGAUGAUGCAAGUACAUUGCCACAUAAAUGCCCAUAUAAAUGGGUGUGAGAUUAAGGCAGUGAUCUUUCAGGUCUCAAUGUGUAGAUCACUUUAAAUCUGAUUAUUUAAUAUGCCUGCUGUAGAGCUGGGCCGUACCUGACCUGUAUUUCAGGAUGAAAGAUAAGAUAUUACCUUCUGAUUUAAGUCUUUUGUCAUUGAUUUUUAUACAGCUUUUCUGUAAUGGUGAUAUUUCUUCGCAGACUGCUCAAGGUGUGAGGGUCUCCAGUGUCCUUUAAUGUUUCUCUAGCACUGCGAGGAAGAGUUGUAAAUUAGAUUGCUUUUUACUCAGUAGCAUUCAUAAAUGCAUCACUGACAAUUUUUUGGCACCAAAGAGCCUCUUGCACCAUACUGCUUUUAUGAGUGACACUUACACUGUUGUAAUUUCUCUAACUACAGAAAUUGACCACUACCUAACCCUUACCACUAGGAUUUGGAUUUCAGAAACUGAUUUAUUAUGGCUUAAGUUGAUGCGUGCAACCUAAACCAAGGUUGUAAUCUGCAUUUGCAGAAGAUGUUCAAUAAAAGUGGAACAUGAUAAAGGGCUUAUCCUGUAUUUGUCAUCUGUCAAAGCAUUGUCCCUCUUUGCUGUAAAACUGACAACAGGCAGACAAGGCUGAACUUGUAAACUAUGCACUUGCAAUCAUGUAAAAGAUGUUUUAUUUAAAAAAUUUUCAUGCAAAAUCAUUUUGUAUUUUGCAGAGUUGCAGUAGUCAGGCUGUAAAUCUAAGGUUACGUGUAGCUUCUCAUCAGUCCUGCCUCCUUGUGUAUAUUUGCUAACAAUUUUUAGACAUACUCUUCCUGCAGAACCUUCUUCUUACUAAGAUAACUUCAUGAGAAGCAAUUCACUGUACCAGAACCAUUGCCUUCAUUUCACUCAAAAAAGUCUCACAGUGAAUAAGGCUUAGUUUUGCAGAAAAAUAGUGAUUUGUUUUUCUUGUGUUUGUACACAAGGAAGCAGACUUAAACUGUAUGGACAUGAUUAGUGUCUGAUACUUCUUAAUUAUCUGACUGUUUUUGAACAAGGGCACAAGUGUUUGUUUUAAUCACGUGAAACUGUUUCCUGGUCAGCAAUAAAAGAUUUUGUUGCACUGUUCUUACAUUGCAAGAUACAGGCAAUCUUUUGUUCAGUAUACUUUCAAAAAAUGGAUGGGAUUUGUGAAGAACUGCCUUGUUCCAGCUUGAAUUUUCAUAUAUAGAUAUAAUCCGGGAUCUGGAUUGUGACUGUAAGAGCAAAAGAAGGUUCUCUUGAAAGUGAGUGAAAAUUUAUUUGUUCUGAACACAUGUGGUGCCUGUCCCACGUUGAUAAAUUUAAGGGUUUCACUAUGUAAUGAAGUUUCUGUUCGUAAAAAGGCAACUGCAAAGCAGUAGCUUCUGGGAAGGUCUUUGUCAUGUUUCAUUUCAGCUGACUUCUAUGAAUCCAGUUGAUUGUGUAAAAAAAAACCCUUAAAAGUUGUUGUGCUUUUCAGUAUCACAUGGAUAAAAUCCCAUCCUGCUGUACUAUAAUUUCAAAUCAAAGAAAAUGCUGAAGUGUUUAUUGAAUGUUUUACUUGAAAAAGAAACAGGACUUCAUGUUGACAAGUGAGCACUGAUUGUGUUGUCCUUGUGAGGCUGUGUGCUGAUGUAGAUCAUGGAUAUAUGAAUGACAUGCUCUGCUCACUGACAUUUAAAGGGUAAUGACUCAAAACGUUAAUUUGACAUCAGUAAUGAUUAUUUGAAUACAAGUUAUUCUUGCUUAAAUACACAGCUCCUUAUGCUUUGAUUAAAGCUGAUCUGAAUCUUACUGGUUAUUAAAGUAUUCUUGAUACGCUGUGGGAAGAAACAUGGCUUUGCCUUCUAUCUUAGUGUUGGAACUGUCAAUAAGGCAUCAGAGUUACACAGACUGUUUUUUGUUUAGAAGAAAAACACUUAAUGGAGUUGUCAGGGAAUUCAGUGUAAACUGCCUUUUCUGUACUGAUGGGUGAUGGUGUUUGAAUGUUUCCCUUGUUAAACAGUGGCUCAGUUACCAUUCCUUGCAUGAACCUGGUUCUCACAGAUCCCAGAUUCUCAGCAGCUGUCUUUCCCAGCUGCUGGUGUGGAAGGGAGGAGGAGGAGGAAGGGGAAGGAUGGUGAGAAGAGGUGGUAGAGCCCAAUGUGCCUGGUGCAGCAGCAGUGCCAAGGCAGAUUGUCAAACACAUUUAAGAUAACAACAGGUUUACACAGACACUGCAGCAGUACCCCAAGGGUUGUAACCAUUCAGACACAAACUUGUUUCUUCUGCUUGCUUAAAAUAAUAUGGCUUUAAAAUUACAAAAAUAGAAAUCACAUAACCUCUUUGGUUCCUCAGACAAUAGGUGCAUAUUAAUCAGCCAAUCUAGAACACCAAAAUUGACUAAACAAAUAAAGGAGAAAAUUGCAUUAAGCAUCUGAAUUUGUAGACUUUUGCUUAAUGUAAAUGUCAUAGUUUGGCAUUCUGUUGCCAGACAAUUCUAUAUUGACCUCUUUGUAUAAUUGAAGUAGCUUCAGAUAUGCACAGCUGGUUGUUGAACAUCUUCCCGUGCUUGACAACUUCUGGAACAGGGAUGGAUAAGAACUGAGUAAGAAUUGUAGGUCUACCACAUGAAACACUGGAUAGUGCUCACAUUUCCUGGAUGGAAAUUGACUUACUAGAGCCAACUGUGUAGUAGUAUAAAUAUCACAGGGGAUGAUGAAAAGCUGCUGUCCUCCAUUUGAGUAGCUAGUUCUUUGACCUUAAUAAAUGAAUAGUUAUUACUGGGCUGCUGUUCCAUGAAAAAUGCCCUUCAUGGGUUUUUUUCCAUUCAAUGGGGCAGAUCUUUUUCACUCCACAAACAAUUUGUCUCCUUUAAUACUGGGUCGUCAAGUGUGAUGGGAAAGACCAAUUGAUACAAUUUAUUGCUUAUUCUAAAUCUUCCAACUCAGGUACUGACUGGGGGGAAAAUUACCCUCUUAAAGUUAUUAAAAGGACUAUUUAAUUUUGCAGUAUACCUUUGUAGAACCAUUUCUACUUGAGUUUUACAUGCACCAGAAAGCACAAGGAGUCUACACAAAUAGACCUUGGACUCAACUGCUUUGAGCUGCUGUUCCAUCCUACAGCUGCUGCACCAGACCUCAUUGUACAAAUGUCAAAGGCUGGAAAUAUUUAUGCCUUACUCCUUGCUUUGGUAAAUUGCAAAGCUUGUGUUCUGUACAGAAUAAAUCUGUUCUUUAUAUUUGCAAGUACUCAGAGAAAGCGGAGGUGCAAUGUUUUCUGAACUCCAGCUAUCUUGGUGUGAACUGGGGCUUCUUUCAUUUGCAGGUACAUGCUGUGGUUUUGUAGGAGGAAUUUGUGUUUGUGACAUUAUCUAGAAACAUGGCUGAUUUUAGAGUAAAAAAAAUAAAAUGUGACUGUUUCUAGGACAAUAUUCCUAGGUGAAUCUUGCCUCCUACUCGGAUUUAUGUAUUCUAUGAAACAAGGAUAUGAAGGUCCAAAAACAUCUCUCAAAUUAUAUGGAUAUAAUGGAUAUUUUCAUAAGGGAACAAAUCUAUAUAAACUGGCAGUAUGCACAUAACAAGAUCUUGUUCCAGAAGCGUAACAACUGUUCCCAUGUAUUGCUGAUACAUUUUGAAACAGUCGAUACCUGAGGUCACAGGAUCAACAGAUAUUGCUGAAAGUAUAUUGCAUUUUGAAGACUUAAGGUGAAUACACAAGGUGAUGCUGUGUUCGCAGUGACUUCUGAAAGAGUUUCUUCCAGCACCUCUUUGUUCUGUGGGUUUUUAUGGAAGAACACAGAAACUGUCCUACAAGAUGUAUGCAUAGAAAUUUGCCAAGGUAUGUGACAUUUUACUUUGAAUUUGUGUUCCAAGGUCACAGUGUCUAGUGCUGAGUGUCUGACAAGCUGCAUGACUUAGGAGUUGAUGUUUCCUUGAAAUGCUUCUACAGCAAAACCUUACUGAAAGGUAUUUCUGGAGUUUCUCCUGUCUGUGACUUCUGAGUGAAAGAGGAAAGAUACUUGUUUGAGGGAUCUAGGUAUGGCUGAGUUUACUGAGGCUGUAGAAACAGACAUCCUUUAUAAUUAUUUUCACUGUAGAAAAUGCCUAUGGGUACUUGAAUUGUGAGUUCUGAUUCAGUUGUUGUCAGGGCCAUGCAUGGCUCAUUUCUCACACCCCAUUUUGCUGUGUUUCUCUUUAAUUGUGUUUCUAGUCAACAGAGCUGUACUUGCUUUUCAUGCACCAGGAGACAAGUCUGUUGUAUUUGCAUCUGGUUCUUAGCAGAAACACACUGACCUCAGGUAUCAUUUUUAAUAUUCCCCUGUACUACAAAAAUCUUUGAUUUCUGUUCUCUAUACCUGUUUUAAUAUUUAUAGAAUGGUGUUGAAAGCAUGUGUUAAGUAUAUUUUUUUUUUAUCUUCAGGUUCAUACCAGACUGAACAAUUCACAAAAGCUGGGUUUCCUUUACUCCAACCCCCAUUCAGUCCUACCUACGUGUAGUCCAGAAGGGCUUAGAAUGCUUUUAAGAUUUUGAUGAUGAUUUUUUAUUUAAUUUCUGGUUGAAUAUAUGAAUAUUUUACCAAGUCAAGAUUUUUAUUGCUGUGAAAUUGCUUAUUGAAAACCAUUUCUUCAUCUCAACACUUAAUUCAUGGUGCUGCUUUAUUUUCUGAAAGCUGGUUUUAAGUCCUGUAGGUAAAAAAAAGGCAUUUGCCUUUGAAAUUUAAAGGCAGUAUAAAAGGAAAAUACAAUUCUUUCUUCUUCAUAGAACAAAGUUGAAGAAAAAAAAAGUGGUUUAACAAUUAGGUUGUUACGCAUUUAAUAUUAAUCUAAUGAAACAUUUUCUUCCCUGUCAGUUGCAGAGAGCAUAAAAGUGUGAAAAAAUCACAAUCACACUUAGAUUUAAAGUUUUGAAACACUUGGUCUUGUUUUUUGCUGAGUGCAAUUUAUGAAGAUACAUAGGUGUAAGUAAUGUAAGGUAGGAGCACUACUGGAGUUACUCAGCCUGUAAUUCAAUUUCUACAUGUUUUAAUUCGCUGCCAGAGUUUUGCAGUCUGUGUUUUGGCACACAUAAGGCUGUUGGAGUUGGAGGUACUGAGGAAUGUUCCACAAGAUUAGGGAUAAAAGUUGACCCUGUGAAUCUCCUUAUACUAGAAAGUAUUACAAGGGAGUGAGUCAGAGCUUUCUGUGAGUUCAAAGUGAGGAGUGCUGGACAAAUUCCCCUGAUUUAUUUAGGCAAGCCUGAAAUAGAAUAUGAUUUUCUACAAAAAUUCUCUUCAAGGCUGUUUUGUGCUGUGUACCUUGCAGGAAGGUUAUGUUUAGAUUUAUCCUGUGUCUAUUUUAUUGAAAGAUUAAAACCUUUUAUUAUCUGCUGUUUUACUCUGAUAUUGGUAAAUCUUUAGGCAGUAACUGCAUUUAGCUAAGACUUACAAACCGUGGUUUGAAACUAAAAAUGGUUUGUUGGUUUAAGGUUAAUCAAACUUGAAAGUGACUCUUGGCUUUGAACUGUGAAAAACCACCCCAGAUCUCAGCAUUGCUCCUCUGAAAGGACCACGGUUAACUGCGCUGUGCUGUGUUCUACCAGCUGGUCACUCACUGCUUUGUGGUGAAACUGAAAAUGUCUGUGCCAAAGCAUUUAGGUAAAAACCCCAUAAAUCUGAGUCCCUGCAGGCUCAUGAUACUCUCUGCAUUUCAGCAUUGGCUGAUGUGGAAGGAAAAGCUUUCAGGCCGUGUUUGCCAGCCCAUCACGAACAUCAAGAUGUUAAGAUGAACACAGAUGAAGUUUGAAACCUGCUUUUAUUGAACCUGUGGUAUUCUGAACAGUCUAUGAUUUUUGUGCAUGAAUUCUUGAUGAAAAUGCCUCAUUUUCUGGCCAGUGUUUAGUUUGAAGUGCAGUAUCUAGUCUUAUUUUCUGCCCUUAACCUUUUAAAGUCUAAAAUCCAAUUUUAAAGGGCUGGGAUUUUUUGUAGAGAAAAGAGUUUCCUACUUUGAAGGCCUUCUCUCCUCAUUGUUAACAUUUCUAAUUUUAAAUCCUUAUAAUCACAUAAGUAAGUUCCACCUCUACUGAGAUCACUUGCAUUAUGUUGAUGUAAAUGAAAUCAGGUUUAAAUCAUGAGUUGGGGUUCUCAUAAUCUGUUGAUUAAUUUUGAGUCUUUCAACUGCAGUUUAGCAUUGAAAUGAGCUGUGCAUUUUAUGAAUUUUCUGUGGUGUUAUUCAUAGCUCAGCAUGUUCCAGAAUAGAUUUUUGCAAUGGCAACAGCUAAGCACAACUCGUUUAAUUUCUUUUCAAAUCCAGCUAUUUAAAUUUAAGUAAAAUUACUCUUCAGAAUACAAGUCAAAUUUUAAAAUAGAAUCUUUGUCUGAAAUCACAUUAUCAAGCGUGUGUCUGCCUUUUUGAGUGUCUUGCACAUUCUCUUUUCCCCCUACACACACUCACACCUGUUCCUGCUGGUGUCAGUGGGAAAUUUGCUGUAUUUUAUCCAAAUUCAAGGCUGCCCUGGUUUGGGAUGAUAAGCAGCCCAAGGCUUGCUCUCACACCCCGUGCUAGUCAUGCAUGUGCAGAAUGAAGCAGGACGAGGCUCAAAAGCUUUCAGGGUCACUUUUAAGCCUACUUGACUAUUUUAACAGAUUUCCACUUUAAUGGUACCCAGUUCCUUAGGUGUGAGUGCAACAACGUGGUAAGUACUGAGAGCACGCCAUCCUCUCUGUAUUGCCUGGCCUGCAGCCAGAGGUUAUGGAAUACAUGUGGGGGUUGAUUUUUAAUGGAAAUUUUUCCUUGUGAAAUUAAGGAAAAUCUGGUAAAAAAGUGAUGCAAGGUCUGAAAAUCAAUGUAAAAACAUAGAGAUGUGGCAUGUGGACACUGACACAAUUUGAAAUAAGUCAUAAUUUGUUAUAUAUGGGUGUUGCAGCUUAUCUGUGGAAAAAGAUGAAAAAAACACCAAAUGAGCCAUGCCUGAAAAUCUCCACUGAAUUCACCUGGAAGGAAAAUUUCCUGAAGUCGUUUUGUCUGAUGAAGCGCUGGGUCUUGAACAUGAGAGCAGAACACACAGAGCAGCGUUGGGAACACAGAGCACAGGCACUGGUGUGCCCACCUGGGAUUCUGCCUCUACAGGAAACGGGGCAGAAACAGAUCUUGGAAACAUUUUUAUAAAGGAGGGGAAAAGAACCCAAAAUCUUGGAUUCUAGAGGUCUAUUUGUGGCAGAUCUGUAGGUCAGAUUUCCUGUUACAUGAAUGGACAAGGAGCUGGGCUCUCUUGGGUCUGCUGGAGACACCAGCACAGGCACUGGGAGCACGAUCUGACCUCCAAACAUUCUCCCCGUUCUCAUGUACUCCCUCAGUCCCAAAUCCUUGACAUGAAGUCUUAAAGCUUCUUGUCAGUACACUGGCUCAAAGAUGAUGUAUUUGUCCUAGGAGUAUGAGAUCCUAGGACUUAAAAUAGAAACUUUGGGCUUUGUGACCUGAUUCUGAAAGAAAAAUAAAAUCUGGUGACGUCU